CUUGCCUCCACAAGACCAGGAAAAGAAAGGGGCAAAACAUCUUUAAAGCCGUUUAAUAACAACAGAACAACAGAACUGCGGUUAUCUUAAGUGACCGGUUAUAGAUAUUUGGACAUUUCAGACAAAUUGUCCCCGCCCAAUUUGGUGUGACUCCCUUGGAGUGGAAUCCUAAGCUAAAUACGGACAGGCCCUGUGCUCUGUGACCAGCUUCAAACACUCACCCUCGCCAUACCAGAGGAUGUCCCACAGCCCUGAAAUGAAGGACGAUCUCAUGGAGUGCCCUCUGUGCUUGGAGCCGCUGGAGAUUGAUGACGUCAACUUCUUCCCCUGCACCUGCGGCUAUCAGAUCUGCCGCUUCUGUUGGCAUCGCAUCCGCACAGAUGAGAACGGCCUGUGCCCCGCCUGCAGAAAGCCAUAUCCAGAGGACCCCGCUGUGUACAAACCUCUCUCACAAGAGGAGAUCCAAAGGAUAAAGAACGAAAAGAAGCAGAAACAGAACGAGAAGAAGCAGAAGGUGACAGAAAACCGAAAGCAUCUGGCCAGUGUCAGAGUGGUCCAGAGAAACCUUGUGUUUGUGGUGGGGCUCUCACAGCGACUCGCCGACUCAGAGGUCCUAAAACGACCAGAAUAUUUUGGGAGGUUUGGGAAAAUCCAUAAAGUGGUCAUCAACAAUAGCACAUCCUACGCAGGUUCACAGGGGCCAAGUGCCAGCGCUUAUGUCACUUACCUCCGCUCUGAAGAUGCUUUAAGAGCAAUACAGUGUGUGAACAAUGUGGUUGUUGAUGGCAGAACUCUCAAGGCUUCUUUAGGCACAACAAAGUACUGCAGUUACUUCCUUAAAAGUAUGCAGUGUCCCAAACCUGAUUGUAUGUAUCUACAUGAGCUCGGGGAUGAAGCAGCUAGCUUUACUAAAGAGGAAAUGCAGGCAGGGAAACAUCAAGAGUAUGAGCAGAAACUCCUCCAAGACCUCUAUAAAAUUAACCCUAGCUUUCUACAACCUCCGGCAUGUGGAACAGAGAAGUCAAAGAGUAAAUCCAACUCCACACAGAGACCCAACAGUACCAACGGUAAAGACGGGUGGCCGACGCUGUCAGGACACAACAAACUGGCCAACGGGCUUUCAGAGGAACGCAAGUCUCCUCCGCUGCUCGACUAUCUAGACCAAGAAGUGAUGGCUUCAGAUGGGCUCGACGCAGAGCUGGGUCCUGGUCAGCAUUCUGCAUUGUGCCCCUUCUCCUCCAACUGUGGCAGCAACAGUCCCAGUGACAAACCGCCGGAGUCGAUCGGUAUGGUAAAUGGAGAGACUUUACAACAGAUGCCCACCAGUGACUCCCCUUCUCCUCCUCCUGGUUUAACCAAGCCCAGCCUCGUGGUGCCCAUCAGCUUGUCAGACCUCACAGCCCGUUCACCUUUCGAGGGGGCGGCCGCUGAGUCCCAGUCGCUCUUUUCGGACAACAGUAACUUCAGACACCCUAACCCUCUCCCUUCCGGCCUGCCCCCCUUCCCGAGCUCCUCCCGCGCCAAUUCUGACUGGCCCAUGACCCCUGAACCACAGAGCCUCUUCACAUCAGACACAAUACCGGUGUCUUCUUCCACAGACUGGCAGGCGGCCUUUGGUUUCGGCUCGUCCAGCAAACAGCAGGACGACGAUCUGGGCUUCGAUCCUUUCGACGUCACUCGCAAGGCCUUGGCGGACCUGAUAGAGAAGGAGCUGUCGGUGCAGGACCAGAGCCCCUUCUCCCCGGGGCUCCUCUCCCACGGUGGGAGCAGCCAUGGUCUCGGCCUGCCGCCGCUCAACUCAAACCCCGGUGCCUCUCACCACUUCCCCAGUGGGCUGCCGCGCCUCCCCCAGCUCCACCACAGAGCCAUCUACAGCUCCUUCAGUUUCCCGGGCAGUCAGAACAGCCAGGCCAGUCAGCAGCAGCAAACCUCCAGACACCCCUGGAUGGGCGUCCCGACACGGAAUAACCUCACACACUUGAACCACUCAGCCAGUGCUGCCUCACACAGUAAUUUCCUGGACCUGAAUCUGCCCCCUCAGCACAACACAGGGCUAGGAGGGAUCCCCAUCUCAGAAAACGGUGGCUCUAUAGAUGGCUUAAAUGUGAAAGAGUGGCAGGACGGUCUGAGAGCUCUCCUGCCCAACAUCAAUAUAAAUUUCGGGGGCCUCCCAAACUCCUCUUCCUCGUCAUCCUCCUCAUCCUCCAACAGUGUUAACCACAUCGGUGGUCCGGUAGGGCCAGCAGGCAUCUCACACAGCCUGAGCUGGGACAGCACAGCCAGUUGGAUGGACCCCGCGAUCAUCACAGGUAGAAAUUGCAUCCCGCCCUCAGCAGGCAACAGUUUAGACUGUCUCCAGGAUGACAAUCCACCACACUGGCUCAAGUCGCUGCAGGCGCUCACAGAGAUGGACGGCCCGGCCAGCUCAGCGGCGCCCACUCCCCCCCAGCCCCUCCACAGCGGCCUCCUCGACGCCCACCUCCCCCUCCACCACAGAGCCGCCGGCGGCUGGGCUCCCUACAUGCCCCCUCCCACAGCCAACCCCGCCAGCCAGUUCCACUCCCCUCCCCCCGGCUUCCAGACCACUUUCAGACCCCCGGGACAGCCCGCCACCGAGCUGCUACAGAGUGCCGCUGUGGACCGCCACUGAACACAGACUACAGCAGACACCCAUCCAUUCCCCCCACUACCACUUUAUACCCACUCAUCCUGUACCCCGCUGCCCCCUCCCUCAAUGCAAUACACACCAAUCUGCAGAGUAUGAAAAAAAAAAAAAUUAUUAACAAAGUAACAAACAUGCUUUCUUCUUUUUUCUCUUCCUCCUUCCUUUUGUCUACUCUGAAGGCCUCUUUGAUUUUGUUUGUGGCACACAAGUUGCCGGUACCCUUGACCUGCUGCCAUCACCACUCGGUAGACCUCGCUCCGGGCGUAACGUGGGAUUCAUUGUGUAGCUCGCUGGUAACAGGAAACAGUCUGGCGCCGAGUGGUGACACAAGAGUGAACUCCACAAACUUGACGAAGAAAUUAAUUGGCUGAAGGGAGACCUUUUUUCUUUUUUUUUUUGAAAAGUAACUAAUGAUGAAGCAUGAACAACAUUGGUGUGUUUUGAAAGUUGAAGUCGCGAUAAGUUUUCAAGGAAUGAAGCAAGCUGUGAAUCUGCUCUUGAAGCUUUGCCCCAAAGACCCUCGUUCCUCCAGGAGUCUGACGCGGCGAAAACCCUUCCAACCGAGCGGCGAAUACGGCGAGGUGAGCGAGAAAAGAGAGAGAGGAAAGGGGUUGGCACUUUGCUCUUUUUUUUUUUUUGAGAGUGGCUUUAAAAAUAAAAAAAAUGUUAAACAAAAAGAAGCGGAGAUUCGGUGAUCAGAGGGUGAGUGCGGACGGCACGAGGGAGUUGAGGGCGCAGGCUAUGCAUGGGCUCCCUGCUCGGUAGGGGACACAGACGGCCCGCUUGAGAGGCCACCUGGCCCACAUUCCCGUUGGAGGAGGGCUCCCACUGGCCCCGUGCUGCCGGAGGGAAGCAUUUUGCUGAACCUCUGUAUCAGAGGAUAGAGCACUGCCUGACUGCGGGGCGCCCGGGCUUUGGGAGAUCGUGGCUCGCAUCCUGGGCACCGGGGUUAGACUCGUACUCACAGUGCCACUAUGUGGUACCGACAGUAGCUAGCCCCGACACGGACAGCCACCGAGUCGUCACGACAAUGACCGGACGAACGGAUGAGGAUUUGUCAAGAAAAAUACUAAAGAGGGUAGCAACAGGGUUCACAGGUCCCUUUGUAACGAGGCCUUAACACGGACAGGUGAUGGGAAAGGAGUGAUGGGAGGAGGAGUCUAGCGUCAAUGAUUGCUGAAAAAUAUGCAAUAUUGUGUGUUUCAGCAACUAUGUAAGGUGCUGCGAGACAAUGCCACGUACUGGCGUGGGAUUUAAGGAGCUUUCAGCCUUUAGGAUUUAAGAUCGACCUCUCCGACGACCGCCUUUUUUUCUUCUUCUUCUUUUUUGAAGUCUUAAUUCUAAACCAUAUUCGCUCUGUUUCUCUUUCUCUCUCACCCCCCACCCCCCCCCCCCCCCCUCCUCCUGCUGUUCCCUAUUUAACAGUAUUUCACAAAAAUGAACAAACUCAUCCAGGAGAAGCCAAGUCAUACAGUGGGUUUUAACAUGAUGUUGCGCAAGGGGGGUGGGAUAAAAACGAAAACACAAUUGAGGCGCUUAAAAGGAUGUGAACUGUCCUCUGCAGGUCUGGAAAAAUGAACCUUAAAUAAAACUGAAAACUCA